AUCAUUCCCAGAAGUAUAACAGCUCUAAAGUUCCGUGGAUUCAUAACCUAGAUUUAUCACUUGUAAAUGAACUGUCCUGCUCCCAGUCCUCACCUCAAAGUAUGGAUUUCUUUGGAAUUGGCUCUUUUCUGGAGCCCUGUGCCACAGCCUGUCUGUGAGUCCAGCUACUACCACACUCCCCAUUCAAGUCUGGGUUCUGGUUUGUCUCUUCAGAGUCACUUUGAACAAGGAUGUUGUAGAACGCUCUCCCCUGAGCACAACACUCACCAUCUUCGUCAGAACAGUUCAGACUGCUUGUAACAGAGCUCGUUUGACUCAGUUUAUGGGGCUAUGUCUCUAAGUUUCCUUCCCCCACCCCCAAACACUACGUUGUCCUGGUUACUGCUUUGUGUGUUGUGACCUCUGGCAGGGUUUGGUGUGUUCCUCAGUGUCAUAUUAACUCUCCUGUCUUUUCGUAUGAAUUUUAGACUUUUUAGAAUUUUGAUGGAGAUGUCUUUGUAUCUAUAGCCAAGGUUGGGGAGAGCUGACACCUUAAACAUGUUGACUUUUCCUGCUUAUUAUAUGGAAUAUGUCUUCAUUCACUUUGGUCUUUCAUUUCUUUCCACAAAGUCUUGUAGUUUUCCUCAUAGCCAUCAUAAUUAAAAAAUUAUAUUAGUAUUACUUUGUUUGGAUGUUGUUCUAAACGUUGUGCUGUUUUCAUAGCAAAUUCCAGUGGUUCGGUGCUAGUGUAUAGGGAAGUAAUAUUUUAUUAUGAACUUUGUGUCUACUGGUUAAAAUAACUUGCUUUAGGAGUUUGUUGUUGAUUUUGUAGGAUUUUUCUCCACAAACAAUCAUGCCAUCUAUAGAAUAAGUCAGAGUUCUUUUUUCACUGACUACUUAGAAUAAUUCUUUGUAAGGUUCACAUGUUACAUUUGAUUGACACGUCUUUUAAGUACUUUUUUUUAAUUCCACAAGAGCUUCCCCACCCAAUAUUUUAAUACUUUUAUUUGUCGAGGGCAUCUUAUUUAACAAUAACUAUAAAUAUCAAUUCAUCAUUCAGAGCUUCUGGUUCUAUCAUUUUCGUCUAUAUCCCCAAAUGUCAUGAUCACACAUAAAUGAUAUUUACAGUUUUCUAACAUUAUCUCAUGCCCUGUUUAUAUUUAACUCUCCCUUGUUGUCUCCUUUCUUACUCAAGUGUGGAGGCCAGGACCCAAUCCAGGUCACGUACCUCAUGCAAGGAGUGAUUUUCCCCUAUCUUUAACUGGGAGAAGAUUGCCCUCUACUUCUUUCAUUACUCAGCCAGUAUAAGCCAGGAUUCAGUCCAGGUCACAUACCUCAUGCAAAGAAUGAUUUUUUUCUGUCUGUAAUUGGAGGAAGAUUGCCCUCUACUUCUUCCAUUACUCAGUCAGAGAUGGGGUUUGACCUCGUGACUGGCUCAGAUCUGUGGGCUUAGAUGAGUUAAGAAUGGGCUGCAGAGAUGCUCUCUGUCAGCCUGCCCACCUCACCUCUACCCUGUCUCCACCUCCUACUGAGUCGGGAGACUGGGAUAUGAAGGGCCUUCUUCCUAAGCACCUUACACCUUUUUUCUUGUUCCUCAGAUUGGACUCUGCAAGUAGACCCCUCUCUAGGGAGAGAGUUCUGGAGAGUGGGAGAUGGCCCCAGGGCUUCUGACAACCAGAGACAAGGCAUUAAUGGCUUUCCAUGACGUGGCUGUGGCCUUCAACCAGGUGGAAUGGGAACUGUUGAGUCCUGCUCAGAGGAUCCUGUACAGGGAAGUGAUGCUGGAGAACUACAGCCACCUGGUCUCUCUGGGAAUUGCAUUUUCCAAACCCAAACUCAUCACACAGCUGGAACAAGGGGCAGAGCCCUGGAGAGAUGGCAGUGAAUGCCUUCUGGACCUUUGUCUAGCAGAACCCAGGACAGAAUUAGAGUCCUGUCUCUCCUGCCCGAUAUCCUUGGCUAGUCCAGAAGUCCUCAGAGUGUGUGUGUUGAGUGGACACCCGCCUCAGACUUUUCCAAGCCCACAAGCAGGCAGCAACCUCCAGCCAGAAGCUCCAGACUGUUCUAGCAGUAAAGACGACGAAGAGGGAGAUGGCGGCGAUGCUCUGGUGCAGAGAGCAAGUCCUUCGAGGAUCCUGAAGACGCUCUUUAGCCCGUGUCAAGGGCAGGCAGUGUACUGGGUAGACGACAACAGGAAACGAACAGACCUUGACCUGGGCCCAGGAGGGAUCCCUGAGAAGGCAGGCACAGUGUCGACGGGAUCCGACGAGUCAGAAUCUGGAGCAGUCAUACACGGAGCAUUUCCAUUAGGGCUUAACGCUGCCGCAAGCCUGUUCAGCUCUCAGAAGCAUCAUGGAUAUCCCGAUUGCGGAAGAGGCUUUUGCCAGAGGUCAGACCUCGUGAAGCUCCAGAGGAUGCAUGGAGGGGAGAAGCCUUACUCAUGUUCUGAGUGUGGGCACCAGUUUACUCAGAAGGCCUCUCUCACCGUCCAUCAGAGGAAACACUCCGGAGAGAAGCCGUAUGUGUGUGGGGAGUGUGGGCGAGGCUUCAUGUAUGUAUCCUCUCUCAACAACCACAAGAAGAUUAUUCACUCGGGAGAGAGACCCCUGGUAUGUCCGGAGUGUGGGCGAUGCUUCCGCCAGAAGGUAGACCUCCUUCUCCACCAGAGGACUCACCUGGACAAGAAGCCCUUCGUGUGUCCGGAGUGUGGGAGAGGCUUCUGCCGGAAGGCCUCGCUGCUGCAGCACCGGUGGAGCUCACACUCGGGCGACAACCCCUUCCUGUGCUCGGUGUGUGGCCGUGGCUUCAGGCUGCUCUCCAGGCUCCUCACUCAUCAGGUCACACACUCGGGGGAGAAGCCCUAUGUUUGUGCUGAGUGCGGCCAACGCUUCGGCCAAAAGGGCACGCUCAUCCGGCACCAGAAGACACACACCGGGGAGAAACCCCACGUGUGUCGCCAGUGUGGCUGGAGUUUCACCCAGAAGGUCAACCUCAUUAGGCACCAGAGGAUUCACACAGAGGAAAAACCUUACCUGUGCCCCGAGUGUGGACGAGCCUUUGAGUUCAAGUCACUCCUCACCAGGCACCAGAAGACACACAUGGGGGAGAAGCCCUACGUGUGCCCCCAGUGUGGCAAGGGUUUCAGCCAGAAGUUCAACCUCAUCGGGCACCAGAGGAUUCAUACAGGCGAGCUACCUUUUCUGUGCCCUGAGUGUGGCCGUGGAUUUGUAAAGCAGGCCACGCUGAUCAGACACCAGAGGACCCACGCACGGUGGGAGAAGCCUUACCAGUGUCCCGAGUGUGGACGAGCCUUUGAGUUCAGGUCCCUCCUCACCAGACACCAGAAGAUACACACAGGGGAGAAGCCUUAUGUGUGCCCUCAGUGUGGCAGGGGUUUCAGCCAGAAGUUCAACCUCAUCGGGCACCAGAAGACACACACAGGGGAGAAGCCCUAUGUGUGUUCCCAGUGUGGCCAGAGUUUUAGGCAGAAGUUCAAUCUCAUUAGGCACCAGAGGAUUCACACAGGGGAGAAGCCCUUCUUGUGUGCUGAGUGUGGGCAUGCGUUUGGAAAGAAGGUCUCUCUCAUCAGACAUCAGAGGACCCAUGGGGAGCAGAAGCCUUACCAGUGCCCCGAGUGUGGACGAGCCUUUGAGUUCAGGUCACUCCUCGCCAGGCACCAGAAGACACACACGGGAGAGAAGCCCUACGUGUGCCCCCAGUGCGGCAAGGCUUUUAGCCAGAAGUUCAACCUCAUCGGGCACCAGAGGAGCCACACGGGGGAGAAGCCUUACCCAUGCCCCCAGUGUGGGCGCGCCUUUGGCUUCAAGUCUCUUCUCACGCGACACCAGAGGACACACUCUAAGUAGGAGCUUCCUGUCAACUGCACGUGUGUGUAAGGGACUGGAUGGGAUGUCACACCUCACCUCUGACUGGAGGACUCAGUCCAGUCCACAGAGAAGCUGUUUGUUUGGGCGUGGCCCCGGCUUUAACUCUGUCCUUGUU